UUUCUUCUCUCCCACUGUAAAUUUGUUUUCUUCUCCUCCCAAAUUCCUUUCUAGCUUCUCUCAUACUCAAAGAAAUACUAAAAAAACAAAACAAGGUUAUCACUCGUCACGAUGUUUACCAACAAAGGAAAAGAUGUAGUGGAAGGAUCGUCGUCUGCUUCUGCUACUGAUCAUCGGCAACAGAAGCAAGCUUCGCAGCCGGCUCCACUGAGCCGGUAUGAAUCGCAGAAGAGGCGAGAUUGGAACACUUUUGGGCAGUACUUGAGAAACCAGAGGCCUCCAGUUGCUCUCUCACAGAGCAACUCCAACCAUGUUCUUGAUUUCCUCAGGUACUUGGACCAAUUUGGAAAGACUAAGGUGCACUUACAAGGGUGUGUGUUUUUUGGGCAGCCUGAGCCUCCUGGCCCUUGCACCUGUCCGCUAAGACAAGCUUGGGGCAGCCUUGAUGCACUGAUCGGACGGCUGAGAGCUGCUUAUGAAGAAAAUGGUGGGUUGCCAGAAACAAACCCAUUUGCAAGUGGAGCUAUAAGAGUCUAUCUGCGUGAAGUGAGGGACUCUCAAGCCAAAGCUCGGGGGAUUCCGUACAAGAAGAAGAAAAAAAAGAGAAAACUAAUGAAGGCAAAUCUUGACAAUAAUCCCAACAUCUCCCUGCAACAGUCUUGAAUCUUGUUCGAUCGCUCGCCUUUCUCCACAAAAUGAGGUGCCAACAAAUGGACUUCCAGCCCAAAUGCACCAUGAAAUAGCUUUGGAUCUCCCCCUCUGGAUACUGCAACAUUCAACUUCCAUGCCAUCAAGUCCUUUUGUCUAUUUUCUUUCGCACUUACUAAUUAUUUUAUGAGAAUUUGAAACAUGAAGGCGGUGGUGCAUGAAGCUGAAUUGAGUUCAAUUAGUAAGUUCCCUUUACACCUUCUUGGAUUAAUGAGUACAAUUGUCUCAAAGAUAUAUGCAUGGUUAAGUACAUUACCAUGUAAAGUAUGGGCUCUCUAUUACUGCAAGAGUAGUAUUAUAUCGUUCCUAAUUUUGAAUUAUGUGCUACUUAUGAUCAUCCACUGUCCACAUUCGAAUGCUAAAUGAAAAUUGAGCUUCUUGUUGGUUGAAAACA